GCCGCAGGGACGCACGCCGGUCGCAACCCGGCCGUGGGCGCUGGUUGGUCGGUUCGUUCAGUAGGCGUCCGGCUGCCGAGCUGUUAGCGUCGUCCCGCGCGCGUUCUCUGUCUGUCGCGUCCCGUUUAUGUCCGUUCGUCCGUUCGGUUUUUUUUAUUUUCCUUCCCUAAACCAUACUGAUGCGUAGCCUUUUUUUAAAAAAAAUAUUAUUCCCUACCCAACUCCGGCGCGGAAGUUCGUAAUUAGUUAAAAACGUAAAGUUUACGUUAAAACAAAAGUGAAUCGUCAGUGCGUGUUUACUUCGGUACGUGAUUGAAGUUUUUUUUUUUGUUUUAAUAACGCUGUUCGUCGCAAAUACGUGAACAUCGUACGCACCAACGGUUGUUGCACUCGAAGUGAUUUGGUGCCUGCAAGUCCAGUAAUUCCGCGCACAUACUCUCAUCAGGUGUGAUAAGGAAAACGGCGCGGGUGCUUGUGGGUCCAGCCCUUCCGAGCGACGGUGCUGCCCCCUGCGCGAGCUGGUUCGCCGCUCAAGUAACUGCCAUGAGGUGAGCCGAGGUCCGAGCGAGAGACGUCGCGCUCUGCCGUGAGAAAGCCAAGGGGCGGCAUGGAGGUGCGGUGGUACCAUGGCCUGCUGCUGCUGGUCGCGCUCCUGCGACUGUCCCGAGCCAAGGACGACGUGCAGGACACCACGCUCGCGGAAGAUGUCACCACUGCUGCCUUCACCACCACCGACGAACCCUCCACCGCUUCCGCGACUUCAACCCCGCACACCGUCGCCAGCACUUACGUGACGACGCUCCUAAUCUCCACCACGCCGAGAACAACCACAACACCCUUCACCGUCCCGACGACGACGACGACGACGAAGACGACGACGACUGUCCCCACCACCUCCUCCGCGACGAUCACCACCACGCACGUGCCCGUCAGAAACGACGCCCCGCCCACGCCGCGAGCCUUCCCGGAGUUCAAGUUCACCAGGUCCUCCUACAACGUCAGCAUACCGGAGAACUCGGUCGGCAAGACGUUCGCGGUCCCCGAGGUGCGCAUGGGCAUCGUGACGGGGGACGAGGACGACGACCCGGGGCUGGAGGUGCGAUACAAGAUAGUCUCCGGGGACAAGGACAAGUUCUUCAAGGCCGAGGAGAAGCGGGUGGGCGACUUCUGCUUCCUGGCGAUCCGGACCAGGACCGGCAACGUGGACGUGCUCAACCGGGAGCGGAAGGACAGGUACGUGCUGGAGGUGAGGGCCUCCGGGACGAGGCGCGACGGCGUCGAGAAGCUGGAGGCCGACGCGACCGUCGUGGUGUCCGUGCUCGACGUCAACGAUCUCAAACCCUUGUUCUACCCGACCGAGUACGAGGCGACCGUCCCGGAGGACACCCCCUUGCACAGGAGCAUCCUCGUGGUCACCGCCGAGGACGCGGAUCUCGGACGCAACGGCGAGAUCUACUACAGCUUCCUCGAGUCCACGAACCAGUUCGCGGUGCACCCCAUAACCGGCAUAGUUUCCCUUACGCGUCCUCUGCGGUAUGUCGAGAGGGCGUUCCACCAGCUGGUCGUGAUGGCGCAGGACAGAGGGAUUGGCCCUAGGUCGGGUUCAGCCAAGCCUAGCACGGCUAAAGUUAGUAUAAGAGUCAAGCAGGUUAACCUGCACUCUCCAGAAAUAUAUGUGCAGCAUCUUCCUGACAUUGUAGAACAUUCCAACGCCGACAUUUAUGCAAUAGUCAGGGUAGUUGACAACGAUAAAGGGGUGCAUGGUGAAAUAAAGAGCCUAGAAAUUGUCGAUGGCGAUCCUGAUGGCCAUUUUAGAAUCCGUCCAGCGGAGGAGACGGGCGGGAAGCAUGGUGAGUUUAACGUCGAGGUGUUGCAUUUGUUGGAUCGCGAGGUAGCACCUCAAGGGUACAACCUGACUCUGCGGGCCACAGACGGAGGAAUACCGCCGAGGCAGAGUUACAAGUCUGUGCCUGUUCACCUCACAGACUUGAACGACAAUGCUCCUGUAUUCGACCGGGAAAUUUACGAGGUGGAAAUACCCGAGACAGCGCCUGUGAAUUCGCCUGUGAUAUGCCUUAAAGUUACAGAUGCUGACGAGGGGAGAAAUGCAAGGGUGUUCCUGGAAAUAGUCGGGGGCAAUGAGGGUGGAGAGUUUCGAAUAAAUCCCGACAGCGGCAUGUUGUAUACGACCAUGGCUCUGGAUGCCGAGGUGAAAGCCUUCUACACACUCACAGUGUCCGCCAUAGACCAGGGCAAUGCUGGCACGAGAAAGCAGUCAUCGGCUAAGGUGAAAAUAAAUGUAGUUGACACAAAUGACAAUGACCCUGUGUUCGAGUCGAUGGAUGCAAUGGUUUGGGUGGAUGAAAACCAGCCUGCUGGAGCAUCUGUAACUAAGGUCACAGCUAAGGACCAGGACUCAUUGGACAAUGCGUACAUAUCGUACAGCAUCGCGAACCUCAAUCCCGUGCCUUUCGAUAUAGAUCAUUUCUCUGGAGUGAUCCGCACCACAUCUGUUUUGGACUAUGAAUCCACGAAAAGAACUUAUGUUUUACGGAUCAGGGCUUCCGACUGGGGCGUGCCUUUCCGGCGGCAAACAGAAAUGCAACUCAGAAUUAGCGUGAAAGAUGUGAACGACAAUAGGCCACAGUUCGAGAAAGUGGACUGUGUGGGUCAUGUACCUCGUUACAUUCCAAUCGGUACGGAAAUCAUCACACUUUCUGCGAUUGACUUCGACGCGGGCAACAUAAUUAGCUACCGUAUAUUGUCAGGGAACGAGGAUGGCUGUUUCUCUCUGGACACUACUUCAGGAGUGCUGAGCGUGACUUGUGACCUGGCAGAUCUCAGGGCUGCCGACAGAGAGGUCAACGUAACAGCCACUGAUGGGACGCACUUCGCCGACACUGCGCGGGUGCUGAUCCACCUGGUGAGUGCCAAAAGAAGUGGUUCGCCAACCAGGGUGUUGAGUGACGACACAGGUGGUUUCGAGUGCCGCGACACAGGCGUGGCUCGUCGCUUGACAGAGAUACUCGCCUCUGCGGAGAGGAACAACAUGCAAGGCAAGCAAGAGGAGUUCGCAAUGAUGCCUAGUCGGUACGGGCAGAACGUUCACGCUCCAGAGUUCAUAGAAUUCCCAGUGGAGAUUCGUGUGAACGAAUCCGUUUCCAUAGGGACCACACUGCUUAGGAUAAGAGCACGAGACCGUGAUCUCGGCUAUAAUGGGAAAUUAGUGUUUGGGAUAUCGUCUGGAGACGAGGACUCUGUGUUCCACCUGGAUGCUGAAACUGGGGAGCUUAAAGUUGUUGGUCAUCUCGAUCGAGAGAAGGAGCAAGAGUACCUCCUCAACAUCAGCGUUUACGACCUCGGACGACCCCAGAAGUCUUCUUCCAAGUACGUCGCGGUCACUGUUCUCGACGUGAACGACAACCCCCCGAGGUUCGAGAAGUCCGUGGCCAGCUUCCGGGUGACGGAGAACGCCGUCAACGGCACGGCCAUCUUCCGCCUGAACGCGACGGACGCGGACUCGGGCGACAACGCGCGCGUCUCCUUCUCGAUGGUUACCGACACCAGCGACUUCUCCGUGGACCCGGCGACGGGGAUGCUGUCCGUGUCGUCGUCGCUGGACCGCGAACGCCAGGAGACGUACGAGCUGCGGCUGCGGGCGACGGACCGCGGCUCGCCGCCGCUGCACUCGGACGCGCUCGUCCGGGUCGCCGUCGACGACUCGAACGACAACGCGCCGUCGUUCCCGCUGCCGAGCUACACGGUGCGGGUGCGGGAGGACGUGCCCCCGGGCAGCCUGGUGGCCAUCGUCUCGGCCACUGACCCGGACCUGGGAGCAUCGGGCGAGGUGUGGUACUCCGAGGCCCCGGGCGGAGACGGCGACGGGGCCUUCGUCGUGGACCGGCUCUCGGGCGCCGUGCGGACCUCCGGCGGCCUGGACUUCGAGGAGAGGCAGGUGCACAGCCUGGUGGUGCUGGCGAGGGACCGCGGGAUGCCGUCGCUGUCCUCGGAGGCGACCGUCAUCGUGGAGGUGGUCGACGUGAACGAGAACCUCCACGCGCCGAGGUUCGAGGAGUACGUGGUGGCCGCGUCGGUGAAGGAGAACCAGCCCGUGGGCACGCUCGUCACCACCGUGCACGCCACCGACGAGGACCCGGCUGGUGACGACUCGCGCGUCGGGUACUUCAUCAAGGGCGGGGACGGCAUGGGGCUCUUCUCCAUCGACAAUGAAGGCAAUAUCCGCACGAUGGCGGUGCUGGACGCGGAGAGCAAGCAGCACUACUGGCUGACCGUCGUGGCGCGGGACCACGCCGUCGUACCCCUGCACUCCGCCCUGGAGGUGUUCGUGCGCGUGCUGGACGAGAACGACAACGCGCCGCUGACGGCGGAGCCCGUGUACUACCCCUCGGUGCCGGAGAACUCGCCCGCCGGCCGCCUGGUGCUGCAGCUCACCGCCCAGGACAGAGACCUGGACCCCGACAAGAGGCUGGGCUUCCGCAUCGCCGCCGGCAACCCGGAGAGCUUCUUCUCCAUCGACCCCGACACCGGUGCCAUCCGAACCACGGGGCGACGUCUGGACAGAGAGAACCAGGCGGAGCACAUCCUCGAGGUGACGGUGAGCGACCUGGGACAGCCGCCCCUCUCCUCGUCGACGCGCGUCGUGGUCGCCGUGGAGGACGUGAACGACCACGCGCCGCAGUUCGACGAGGCGCUCUACAAGGUCGCCAUCCCCGAGUCGGGCGCCAGCAACCUGCCCUUGUUCCAGUCGACCCAGAACGACUCAGACGAUGCGGAAAUAGGAGGUGACUUGUUUCUUGACAAUGAAACUUGGGAGAGUUUCGAACCCAGCUCCCUAACUGGCGAACCUGUGUUCAGGGUGCUGGCGUUCGACCCCGACAUUGGUCGAAACGGAGAAAUUACCUACAGCAUCAAGUCCGGCCGGGGCAUGGGCAAGUUCAAAAUCCACCCGGAGACUGGCGUCGUGUAUUCCCAGCGCGGCUUCCAGGCCGGGCAAGAGUACGACCUGAGGAUCCGGGCGGAGGACAACGGCCAGCCCAGGCGGAGCCACACCACCCGGGUGUCGGUGCAGGUGGUGGGGGUUCCCCAGAGGUCCCCCCACCCCCCGACGGUCCGGGCGCCCGCCCAGGAGGUGGAGGUGAUGGAGCGAGACGCCGUCGGCUUCCUGGUCGCCCUGGUGCAGGCGUCGGACGAGGACGGAGACAUGCUGUGGUACAACAUCGCCGGUGGCGAUGAACGUAAUGAGUUCUUCAUCGGACACGACAAAGGCAACAUUCUGCUGGCAAAACAGUUAGACUGGGAGAAGAAGAACAAAUACAACCUAACGAUUAGUGUGACUGAUGGCAGACACACCGUCUUCACACAGGUGCUGGUGACGGUCCUGGACAACAACGACCACCGGCCCGUUUUCUCGGAGAGGCUGUACUCGGUGGACAUCUCGGAGAACGUGCCCAGGGACACCCGGAUCCUCCAGCUGCGGGCGUCGGACCGCGACGAGGACCAGCGGCUGUUCUACAGCCUGCACGCCGCCCGCGACCCGGCCUCGCUCCAGGCCUUCCGCGUCGACUCCGUCUCCGGGGACGUCUACUUGAACGAGACGCUCGACAGGGAGACGAUAGAGCAGCACCUGCUGACGGUGAUGGUGCGGGACCACGGCACGCCCUCGAAGAGGAACUACGCGAGGGUAAAGGUCACCGUGCACGACCACAACGACCACGCGCCAGAGUUCACCAGCCACCUGGUCGAGGGGAAGGUGUUCGAGACGGCCGAGGUCGGCUCGGCGGUGGCGCGACUCUUCGCCGUCGACCGGGACCGCGGAGACAACGCCCGCGUCACCUACUCCAUCACGUCAGGCAACGUCGGCAACGUCUUCGGCAUCGACGCGUCGCUCGGGACGCUGUACGUGGCCAAGCCGCUGGACAUGGGCGUCAUGUCCGAGUACAUGGUGAUCGUCAAGGCGACGGACGCUGGCUCGCCCGCGCUCUCCUCCACGGUCCACGUCCACAUAAUGGUCACCAUGGCAGACAACGCUCCGCCCAGGUUCCUUCAGGAGGAGCACGCCGCGGAGAUCUACGAGAACCAACCGGCGGGCAGCUUCGUGAAGCACCUGGAGGCGCGGAGCAUGUCCUCGCUGUUCUUCGAGGUUGUGGGCGGCGACGACGACGGCGACGGCGCGUUCCUGGUGAACCCCAGCACGGGCGUCGUCACCACCAGGCGGCCCCUGGACUACGAGAGGAGCAAGUUCUACAACCUCACCGUCGAGGCCACCAACAUGGCGGCGGCGAAGGCGCGGUGCUGCCUGAUCGUCCACGUCCUGGACCGCAACGACAACGCGCCCCGCUUCGUUCAGGCGGCGUACGCCGGCGCGGUGAGCGAGUCCGCCGCGGUUGGCUCGCUGGUGCUGGCCAACGGCAGCGAGCCGCUCGUCGUCCGGGCGGAGGACGCCGACUCGGAGCUCAACGCGCUCCUGAGCUACGACAUCGUCGAGGCCCUGCCGCGCAGGUUCUUCCGCGUCGACUCCAGCACAGGAGCGAUCCGGACGGUCAUGGAGCUGGACCACGAGACGUUUCCUGAGUUCGACUUCCACGUGAAGGUGUCGGACCUGGGGAAGCCGCGGCUGUCGUCGGAAGCGACGGCCCGGGUUCGCGUCUCGGUCCUCGACGUCAACGACUGCACCCCGGAGUUCGCCUCGCCGCGGUACGGCGCCACCGUGCUGCUGCCGACGUACCGCGACGUUUCGGUGCUGAGCGUCUCCGCCGCCGACGCGGACUCGCCCGGGAUCACGGCGCUCCGCUACGACAUCGUCGACGGCAACGCGGGCGGGCUCUUCGCGAUGGACGCCGCCGGAGGGACCCUCAGCGUCGCCGACCCCGCGGGCCUGACGGGCGGCGGCCCCUCCCACGCGCUUCGCGUUCGCGUCUCCGAUGGGAAGUUCUCGAGCGUGGCGCGGGUCGACGUCCGCGUGGAGAGCUCGGGGAACUCCGGCCUGCGGUUCCAGAAGGACGCCUACGAGGGCGCCGUCGUCGAGAACUCGACCAAGGUCUCGACCGUGGCGGUCGUCAACGUCCUGGGAAGCGUGCUCAACGAGCACGUAGUCUUCGCCGUCCUCAACCCCACCGACAUGUUCGCGAUCGGGCCGACCUCCGGCGCUGUCCGGACGACCGGGAGGAGGUUCGACCGGGAGACCAAAGACCAUUACGAGCUCAUCGUCCAGGCGAGGAGUGACGACAGCGGAGGAGACAGCCCCAACGUGGCCCAUGUCGUUGUCAACAUCACGAUAUUGGACAUCAACGACAACUGUCCGAUGUUCGUCAACUUGCCUUACUAUGCUGUCGUCUCUGUCGACGCCAUGAAGGGGGAUUUUAUUACGAAGGUGCACGCCGUCGACUCGGACAAGGGCGAGAACGGCGAGGUGCGCUACGAGCUGAUCAAGGGCCACGGCGAGCUGUUCAAAGUCAGCCGCAAGACAGGGGAGGUGCAGCUCAAGCAGAACCUGGACGGCCACAACCGCGGCCUGGCGACGCCCUACGAGCUCAUCAUCGCGGCCUACGACGGAGGUAUCACGCCCUGCUCGACGGAGGUGCCCGUCCACGUGAAGGUGAUCGACCAGUCGAUGCCGGUGUUCGACAAGCAGUUCUACGCCGACUCGGUGCCGGAGAACAUCGAGCUGCACUCGCCGCUGGCGGUGAGCGUGCGGGCGGAGUCCCCGCUCGGGCGAAAGCUCAUCUACAGCAUCGUGGAGGGGAACGACUUUGAGGAGUUCGCGCUGGACUUCAACACAGCCCCAGACAGUAACAAUGGCCCUUGCGUGAUCUCCGUGGUGGACGAGCUGGACUUCGAGCAGAAGCGGGAGUACGAGCUGACGAUCCGCGCCACGGACUCCGUCUCCGGGGUGCACGCGGAGGUGCCCGUGCGGAUCCUGGUGCGGGACGUCAACGACUGCCCGCCCGAGUUCACCGACGACUCGUACAACGUGUCCGUGUCGGAGGCGGCCCCCUUCGGGACGUCCGUGCUGAAGAUACUCGCCCGGGACAACGACACCGGGAUGAACCAGCAGGUGCGGUACGAGAUCGUGGACGACGGCAGCAACUCGACCGAGUACUUCCACGUCGACCCGGACGACGGCAGCGUCUACCUGAAGCAGUCGCUCGACCACGAGCUGCGCGACUCGCACCACUUCACGGUCGCCGCGUUCGACUCCGGCGCGCCCGUGCUGUCGAGCACGGCCCACGUGUGGGUCUCAGUGCUGGACAUGAACGACAACCCGCCGCAGUUCGAGCAGCCGUCGUACACGUGCUUCCUGUCGGAGCAGGCGGGGCGCGGCCAGUUCGUGACGGUGGUGUCGGCCAGCGACCCGGACCUCGUGGACCUGGGCCGCCUCGCGUACACCGUCGUCGGCGGCAACGAGCAGCAGACCUUCUCCAUCGACGCCAGGACAGGCAUCAUCUCGCUCACCAACCUGCAGAACUUCGCCGCGGAGCCGUCGACGGUCCUCAACGUCUCGGUCAGCGACGGCGUGUACACGAGCUUCGCCCGGGUCCGGAUCGAGAUCCAGCCGGCCAACCGGCGCGCCCCGGCGUUCCCCCAGGUGCAGGUGGAGGCGCGCGUGGCGGAGAACUCCGCCCCCGGGGCCUUCGUCGCCAAGGUCGUCGCCGCCGACCCCGACCUCGGGCCCUACGGGGAGGUCACGUACUCCAUCCCCUCCGACCUGCUGAAGGAGUCGUUCCAGGUCGACAAGUGGUCAGGCGAGAUGGUGACGAAGAGGAAGCUGGACCGGGAGGAGCGGAAGCUGUACGAGGUCCCGGUGAUGGCGACCGACGGCGGGGGGAGGUCGGGAUUCACGACGGUGCGGGUGAGCGUAUUGGACGAGAACGACAACGCCCCGCGGUUCGUCCUCUGGGAGUACAAGGCGACCAUCCGCAGCAACCUGACCACCAAUUGGCCCUUCCUCAAGGUGAGAGCGACAGACGAUGACGUGGGCUCCUCAGCGGAAGUGGAAUAUUCAAUUUACGAAACUCAGUCCUCUGGAGUGAAGGAGCUGUUUGGGAUCAACAGCCGCACGGGGGACAUUUUCCUGCUGAAAAGUGUCCUGCCCUGGGAAAAUCAAGUCUUCCAAUUUUUCGUGAGAGCGCAGGACAAAGGACCCACGUCUCUACACGCGGAUGUGCCCAUAGACGUGUUCGUGAUGGGCCGCCAAGAUACGGCGCCUUUGUUCCAGCGAACAGACGAGAAGUUUUUCAUCCCGGAAAAUUCCCCGCCGGGCACGAUCAUAACGCGGCUGAAGACGGUCACCAACGCCACGGUGCGGUACCGGCUGGUGUCCGGGGACGGGGACGCCCCGCUGUUCGGGGUGGACGGCGGCGGGCGGCUGACGGUGCUGCGCGGCCUGGACCGCGAGUCCACGGACGCCCACGUCAUCGGCGUGCUCGCUGAGACGGACUCCAGCCCGCCGCUCACCGCGCUCGCCGAGGUCUCGCUCAAGAUCCUCGACGACAACGACAACGCGCCCGAGUUCGAGAGCAACCCCUACAGGCUCACGCUGGCGGAGAACACCGAGGAGGGCACCGCCAUCUUGAAAGUGAUCGCCCACGACCGCGACGAGGGCAGCAACGGCGAGGUGCGCUACUCGUUCGGCUCGGAUGUCGGCGAGCUGGCCGACGUGUUCGCGGUGAAUGCCUACACGGGCUGGGUCACCACGCUGGUGCGGCUGGACCGCGAGGCGCGCGCCGAGUACUCCUUCCAGGUGGUGGCGACCGACGGCGGGGGCGGAGUGGGCGGCGGGGGGGCGAGGCACUUCGCCCGCGCCGGGGUCCACAUCCGGCUCCAGGACUACAACGACAACCCGCCCGUCUUCACCAAGCCGCACUACGUCGCCGCGGUGAACGAGGAUGCCCUCCCGGGGACCGUCGUGGUGCAGCUGGGCACCACGGACGCAGACACGGACCUGCCGCCCGGCGUGGAGUACCACGUGGUGGGCGGGGACCCCCGCUCGCAGUUCCAGAUCCGGCAGGCGGGCGCCGUGUACGUCAGCCGGCCGCUGGACCGCGAGGCCGUGUCCGGGUACUCCCUCGACGUCGCCGCCACCGACGGCAAAUUCACCGCCGUCGCCAAGGUCACCAUCGACAUCCUGGACGCCAACGACAACCCGCCGUACUGCCUGAAGUACAGGUAUCGCGAGGUUCUCUCCGAGGGGACGCAGCCCGGCAGCUACGUCCUGACGGUCCUGGCCUCCGACGCGGACGAGGAACCCAACGCCAACCUCCGCUUCUACCUGACAGGGGACGGGUCGGACUACUUCACUCUAGACAAAAGCACAGGCCAGCUGAGGACGGCGCGCGGCCUCGACCGGGAGCGGCAGUCCAAGUACCAGCUGGAGGCCCACGUGCAGGACAAGGACAUGCCCGGCUGGGAGUGCUCGUCGCAGCUCCAGCUCGUCGUGUCGGACCUCAACGACAACGCGCCCGAGUUCGGCAUGCCCGCCUACAGCGCGACGCUGGCCGAGGACGUCGAGGUGGGGACGCUGGUCACCAAGGUCCACGCCACCGACGUCGACAUAGGCAUCAACCGGAAGAUCAGGUACGUGUUCGUGGACUCGGCGGGCGGCCACUUCAACAUCACGGCGGACAGCGGGAUCGUGACGCUGGCGCGGCCCCUGGACCGGGAGACUCGCGCGUACUACAACCUGAGCGUGCGCGCCGUCGACCAGGGCGCGCCGCAGCUGUCCAAGGUCGUGCCGCUCCGAGUCGUCGUGCUGGACAUCAACGACAACCCCCCGGAGUUCACGUCCAAGUACUACCACGCCAGGGUGCCCGAGGCGACGAGCGCCGGGUCGGAGGUGGCGCGGGUGCUCGCCACGUCCAAGGACGCCGGGGUCAACGCCGAAGUCUACUACUCCAUCAUCGGCGGGAACGAGCACAAGAAGUUCCGGGUCGACGCCAAAACCGGCGUGAUCAGCAUAGCGGAGCCGCUGGACUACGAGAGGGCCAAGGACUACUACCUGACCCUGCAGGCGGUAGACGGCGGGGUCCCGCCGCUCAGCAACCACGCGGCGGUGAACAUCACCGUCCUCGACAGCAACGACAACGCCCCUAUGUUCGGGCAGCAGUCGUACAGCGCCCGCAUCCGGGAGGACGCACAGGUCUCGGACAAGAUACUGCAGGUCGUUGCCAACGAUCUCGACAGCGGGCAGAACGGCAAGAUCGGCUACUCGAUCGAGCGGGGCGACCGGCACAGGCAGUUCGCCAUCGACGAGAAGACGGGGUACAUCUCGGUCGCCGGCGUCCUGGAUCGUGAAAUGAUAUCGAGCUAUGUUCUGGAGGUCCACGCUCGAGACAAGGGCGUCCCGGUCCUGUCGAGCUACGUGAUGGUCAACAUCGAGAUAUCGGACGCCAACGACAACCCUCCCGUCUUCUCCCAGCCGAACUACACCGCGAUCGUGCAGGAGGACAAGCCGGUGGGGCACGUGAUCCUGCGGCUGCAGGUCUCGGACGCCGACGUGGCGCCCAACGCCGCACCGUACACGUUCGACAUCAGCACGGGCGACGGGCAGCGGGCGUUCCGGCUGGAGCAGGACGGCGCGCUCCGCACGGCGGCCAAGCUCAGCCACAAGGCCAAGGACAGCUACGCGCUACACGUCCGCGUGUUCGACAACGGCGCGCCGCCCCUGUCGUCCGACACGUUCGUCGUCGUCAAGAUCAUCGAGGAAUCCCGCUACCCGCCGGUGGUCACGCCGCUCGAGGUACACAUCAACUCGUUCAUGGACGAGUUCCCCGGCGGGGUCGUCGGCCGGGUGCACGCCACCGACCAGGACCAGUACGACCAGCUGUCGUACGGCCUGGUCGACGCGUCCCCCGGCGGCGCCUGGAACGCCGCGGGCGACCUCUUCGAGGUGGACCGGUCCGACGGCACGCUCUCGGCCCUGCCGCGCCUCGACGCGGGCGAGUACCUGGUCAACGUCUCCGUCACCGACGGCAAGUUCACCUCGUUCGCCCCCGUGCGCGUCUCGGUGGAGAUGGUGUCGGAGGAGAUGGCGCGCGCGGCCGUGGCGGUGACGUUCCGCGACGUCUCGCCGCUCGGGUUCCUGCUGGGACACCGGAAGGCGUUCGCGCGCGCCGUGCGCGCGGCGGCGGGAGCCAGCGCCGACGAGGACGUGGUCGUCAUCAGCGUGCAGCCGUCGGGAGACGCGCGGGCGCCGCGGAAGACCCGCGGCGUCGCCGCCGCCUCGGGGGACCUCGACGUCCUGUUCGCCGUGCGGGAUCAGCAGCCGCGGGGGCCGUCGUCUGGCGCGGCGUAUUUCCUCCCCGCCAAAGCCGUGCGCCAGGCGCUCGCGCGCCACCUGGAGGAGAUCGAGCUGGCGACCGGCCUGGCGGUCGCGGAGGUGGCGAAGGACAAGUGCACGGACGGCUACUGCUCGUCCGGCACGUGCGAGGACCGGGUGACGCUCGACACGGAAGGCAUGACCCCGGUGGCGACCGACUGGAUGAGCUUCGUUUCGCCCCGCCAUCGCUACAAGGUCGCUUGCCUCUGCAAGGAAGGAUAUGCAGGCGACCGGUGCGAGACGGCGGUGAACGAGUGCGCCCGCCAGCCCUGCGCGUCCUUCAAGGUGUGCGUGCCGGACGUCUCCGCCACGGGCUACACCUGCCAGUGCCCGGAAGGCUUCGCGGGGGCCGCCUGCGAAGUGGACAUCUCCCGGUGCCACGACGAGUCGUGCUACAUCCCGCGCAACCCGGUGUCCUUCGGCGGCCGGAGCUACGCGCAGUACAGCGUCGCGGAGGCCGCCCUCGGCCGCACGCUCGAGGAGCAGCUCAGCCUGUCCCUGAGGAUACGGACCGUGCAGCCGACGGGGAACCUCAUGUACGCCGCGGGGAGGUUCGACUACAACAUUCUGGAGGUGGUGAACGGGGUGGUCCAGUACCGCUUCGACCUGGGCUCGGGCGAGGGCGUGGUGCGGGUGGGCAGCGUGUACGUGAGCGACGGCGCCUGGCACGAGGUGUGCGUCGAGCGCGACGGCAACGGCGCGCGCGUCGCCGUCGACGGGAGGCACGUGGCGCACGGCUCCGCCCCCGGGGCCAGCAGCGUGCUCAACCUGCAGUCGGGCGCGCUCUACCUGGGCGCCGAGGUGCGCCAGCAUCCGGCCAUCCUCGGCUUCGAGGACGUGCAGCGCGGCUUCGUGGGCUGCCUCGACGACGCCCGCGUGGCACGGCUUUCCGUCCCGCUGCACGUGAGCGGCGCUGGCGGGGGCGUCGUCUCCUUGAGGCGCUUCGCCGACGUCGAGUUCAGCUGCGACACGGCGGUUGUGCUGGUUCCGCUGGGGGCUUGCGGGUCGCAGCCGUGCGCCAACGGUGGGACGUGCCGGGACCUUGGCGGCGACGCGUUCCGCUGCGAGUGCCACGCCCGGUUCGCGGGAACCACGUGCGGCGUCGACACGGACCCCUGCUACUCGUCGCCCUGCCUGCACGGGGGCCGGUGCCGGCCGGGCCCCGCGCGGGGGGACUACACCUGCGACUGCCCCGCGCCGAUGGUCGGCAAGCGCUGCGAGUACGGCCGCCACUGCAUCCCCAACCCGUGCCGCAACGGGGGCGCGUGCGAGGAGGGCGACUCUCGGGCCGUCUGCAGGUGCAGCGGCUUCACCGGCGAGAACUGCGCGGUCGACGUCGACGAGUGCGAGGGCUCGCCGUGCCUGAACGGCGCGACGUGCGUCAACGCGCCGGGCGACUACCGCUGCGUGUGCCCGCCCGACCAUACGGGCGCGGACUGCGCUGAGCCGCUCCACUCCACGGCCAUCUCCUCGAGCGUCUACAGCGUCACCUGGGAGGAAGUCGUCGGGAUCGCUGUGGCGCUGGUCCUCAUUCUCUCCGCCGUGCUGCUGUUCGUGCUGUACCGGCGCUUCCGCGCCAAGCGCUCCCGAGGCCGGGCCGACCACAUCAACAACGACAUGCGCAAGGACAUCGUCCUCAACUCGUCCCGCCCCAACGACAAUGACUUCAAGCGGGGCUCCAAGCUGAGCAACUUGGAAGUUACGCAGGUCCCCCCCCAGUGCGCGCCCCGCCCCGCCUCCUACACCCCCAGCUCCAACAACGAGCCCCCCCCCUGCCUCCUCAACAACCUGGACACCCUGCGGAGCUACGGCUCGGCGGGCGACGAGCUGGAGGGCGUGGUGCCCCCCGACUACCUGCGCAACCUUAACCGCAACGCGGGCGCCUCUGCGGCGGCCGUCGCUUCGGGGGGCGUCGCCGCCUGGCCCGACCUCGCCGGCCACAACCAGCUGGGCGCCUACGCCGACGGCGGCAAGAUCAAGAACGACCUGAAGCUCAGCAUGGCCCCCGACCUGACGAGGGGGAUCGUGACCGCCGGCCGGGCCGUGAGAGGGCCGCAGGGCCCCCAGGGGGGAGGAUUGGGGGCCCCCUCCUCGACGUCCAUCAGCUCCAUAGACGAGGAUCCGCGCAUGGUCGGAGGCUACCACUGGGACUGCUCGGACUGGGUGAACCGCAGCCAGAACCCGCUGCCCAACAUCACGGAGGUGCCCGGCAGCGAGGUCCCGGACUCGUCGAGCUUCCACAGCAACGAGAGCAACGAAUCCAACACCCGGGCGAGCUCCCACCCUGCAGUUCUAGGGCCGGUGGACCCGCUGCGGGACAUAGAAACGCUCAACGAGGACCAGGAGUCGGAGUACGUCGGGGACUCGGAGUGCGGGACGGAGGAGUUCUCGGACGGGCCGUACGCGCGGCCGGGCAGCCUCGCCGACAGCGGCGGGGAGGAGUACCGCUUCAGCGCGGCGGACAGCUACCUGCGGCACCCCAACACGUACCUGCCCCGCUACGUCAACAGCGAGACGGAGGCGGAGCCCCUGGACGCGGCGGGUGGCAGCGAGGACGACGACGACGACGGGGCGUCGCCGUACGGGUUCCCGAGCGGCCGGCGCUGGCGGGACGAGGACGGCUCCGUCGUGACGGUGCUCGGGGAGCGCACGUCUCUGCUGGGGGGAGGCGGGGGAGGCACUGCGACGAGCAACAGCGACCUGUCGACCAACCUCUGCGAGCUCGACGACUCGGAGUGCGAGGGCGCGGAGCUCAAGAGGCUCGACCCCCGCAAGAGGUGGUUCCAGUCGGGCGUCACGCAGACGUCGGUGUGACGCGUGGCGUGACGCCGACUCCAGGGUGACGUGCAGCAUUUUGCGAGCCUCCGUCAAGCUUACGCCCGUGAAGUUGUACGUCGCGUGGCAUAACCUAGCCGCCGUGUAGACGUCGAUGUGGUGCAUGGCCUCAAGCAUCCAUCGGUCUCAUGCAUUGCGUCGCGUGGAUUUUUCGUUAAGAGUGACCGCGGAACGCAGGCUGGUGUACGACGCGUGGCGUUUGGGCACUAAAGUAGGGCUCGACGUAAUACUUGAUGUGACACGUGGUGUGUUGCGUAGAACACGAGGUGCCCCUUUCUGACAUCAAAGUGCCAUAUGAAGAAAAAGCGUCUCGGAUGACUCCGAUCUCCGCCCGAAAAUUUCGACACCGGUCUCACCUUCGAAUCUGCUCGACGAUUUUGUAACCUGGCAGAAUAUUUUGAUACACUUAGGACACAGUUGAAAGGUUUUUAUUUUUUUAUAUAUUACCUGAUGGGUAAGCUUUCAAAUUGUUCGUUUCAGUGUAAUUAACUAUUAUCAAAGCAGAGUGUUUUGUGAAUUUCCAUGUGUGUUUUUUCCGGUUUCGAGGGAAGUCGAGUUUAAGUAAUAAUCCCCUGAAAUGCGAAACAAUUUGCACACCUUAAUAACGGUCUACAGGGCCAGAAAGGGGUUCUAACUGUCUCCGACGUAGUUUGGAAGAACAGCAUUUAUUUAAUUGGAAAUGUUAAAUAAGUUGAGCCCUGUUGCCCGUGAUGGCGGACCAUUGUAUUUCUUGCUCAGGAAUGUUGGUGUUGGUGUUUCUUUGCAAGUUUUCAUUGUAUUGGUGCUAUAAAAAACUAUAAAGCUUGAGGUCUUCAAGAACAAGAGUAUUUUGGUGAGCGGUGGGUUCUUCGAAACGAGAACUUUCAUGCGGAAUCAGCAGUUGGCGCGACUGAAACUCUCAUCUUUAUGCUCGAAUGACUCUUUAACUAUGUUGCUAUAUUCAGACAUGCAUAAGAAAACAUGAAAUAGUAAACACAUUGAAUAGCUUUUAAAUGAAAAGUCAAUAUAAUUUUUAAGUCAAAUUAGGUGAUUCCCUGUCGAGCAUCGUAAUUUUAGGGCAUGAACGUUUCAUGGACCAAGUGUGUGGAGUUUGGUGGGCGUCUGUUCGUUGAAUCAUCCUACCACAACAUUCGCGUGAGCGUGUCUUGCAGAGCGUGAAAAAAAAAUAUAUAUAUAUAUUUUUUUUUCGGAGGCGUAGCCAAAUAUUUUAUUUGUUUGGGAAGGGUUUUCGGAAGUUUGCGUUCCUUGCAUGAGACAGCUUGUUCUGUCCCUCGUUCGGUAAGCACGACUUACCACACUGGGCUAUACAAGAAAAAUGUUCUGAAUUGAUGAUGAAACUACGGUAGUUCGAAUUGAUGCUUAGAUUGCUAUGUGUGAGCUGGUUCUAACUGUAAAAUUAUUUUUUCAGUCGCCAAGAAUUGAAAACAGUACCAAACAGUCCUGGGGAUUGUUCAGAAUUGCGUACUACGUUCACAAAGUAACGUGUCUGAAUUAAAGGAACCAGUGGCGUACCAAGAUCGGAAGCGGAGAAUUGAGAUCUCAAACCGCACUAAAGUUAUCGCAAUCAUAAUUAUUAUACGUAACACUCUUAGAGCGGGUGAAAUAAUGCAAAAAAGCUAUGCUAUUUAUUCCCUCGAGGCCCAAAAUUUUGUUUGUUAAAAAAAAAAUUAAUUGCAAUUUUCCUCAAGUGACAUUGUUCAGUUAUCAGUAACAUUUUCACAAAAAUUUUAUGAAGUUUUCUUCAUUCAAAGACAUUGUGCUUCAAUGUCCAAAACUUUGACUUUCACAGAUGAUAUUUUAUUGUAAUGACCUUUUUUUUUAUUUUUUAUUCUCUAAACUGGUUGGAGCCCUUCGGAAACCAAAAUCAGCUACUUAAAGGAUUAUAAUAAAUGUGGUAUAGAUACACAAAUACAUCAUUAAAUGCGAUCGUAGUCUUAGCGAUAGUUUCUGCGAGUGAUGAGAAUAUUUUUUCACGUAAAGAAAAAAAGAGAAGAGUUUAUGAUGAAUUGCGAAAAAACUGAAAUCACAUCAAAACAUGGAUAAAUACACCAUAUUACACCAUAAUGCAAUUCAAGUAUGUAAUGAGAUAUCACAGAAUUUAAAUAAAACUAAACUCAUAUCACUUAAGUAAUUUCAUUAGUACCAAAUAUUCAAUGAAUGAAUAUAGGGGUAGUUAAUAACAAUACAUAUGGUACGGUUGAAGUUGACUGACAGAUUUAACUACUGUAUCUAUAUUUUCUCAGUGAUAUGCAUCUCCUAUCUUAUUUGUAAAUUACAUAUUUUUAGUAGGUGUAUACUUAAAAGUACGAAAGCUUGCAUGCAGAUUUAUUUUUUGUUAUGAGCAAAUAUGCCUCAGACAGUUAUAUAGCAAAAAAAUUUAUUUUAAUAAUUGCAGCUUGUUAUCACAGUUGAUCAGUUAUAUCAGAGUUUUAAAAAAAUAAAUAUUAAGAAACAUUUUAUAGUAAUGCAUGUUGAACAUGGCACUAUAAACAAACAAUAUUUAUAAAAACAUUACGAUAUUACAUAAAAUAUAUAACAAUGAAAUCUCGUCUCAUGUAAUAAAGUAAUUUUAGCUUCUUGGGAAAAUUAUCUUUCGUGGUGAGAGUUCAUCAACUGCCUUAUGAUGGGUAAUGGCUACGCUCGCGAGAAUGAUUCACCGUUCAUUUUUUGGUUCAUGGAACAAAUCGCUUCUGUGAGCUCCACUGUCAUUGCCUCGAAAGUGUUCGCAUGAUUUUAGUUGAACUUCAGAGAACUUAACUUUGUAAUGCACAGAAUUUUGAGGAGAUUGUGAUUACGGCGGUUCUGAACAUCGUUGCCUUAAAAUUAAAAAUAAUAAUAAUUUUUUUUUUUUUUUUUUUGCUUGCUUGGACAGAAACAUCUGCAUACAUGAGUAAUGAAUGAAUGUUCUUCACUUUGUGGAAUUGCUUAGAUGGGGCCUCUUCUGCAACAUGCGUCGAAGUAAUUAUGUAUGUCAAUACUUUCACAUGACUGAUAAUUAAACAUUUACUCUUUAAUAUUGUUUUUAUCAGGGUAAUGAUAAUAAUGUGGUGCUUUACUGUUAUUGAAUGUUGUGUCAUGUCUCAUGUUCCUCGAUAAAAAAAAAGGCCUGGUUUGAAAGUAUGAAUUUUCAGCUUGACCUAAGUGACUUAUCAUUUUUUUUUUCUUGUAAUACAAAAUGCAGACAAGUGCAAUUUGGUAAUUUAAUGUGUAGGAAUGAAAUUUGAAAAUAAUUUUGACACAGAAUAUGAGCAUAUAAGAGUUUUAUUAUGUUUAAUUUCUAGGGUUGUGUGAUUUCAUCAUUUUCACUUUCAUUCUGAUUAAAUUCCUUAGUUAUACCGACGAGGUACACAUUGUACAACUUAGUAUUUUUAUAAAGUAUGAUGGAUAUGUAUUUGAUACUUUCUUCAAUAAAUAGUGCAUUUAAUUUUAAAAGUUAAAUUUUACACCUAGUUAAACUUUGGUGAUUCUUUAAUCAAGAGUUCUGGUUCAAAUGAAAAAAUAAUUUAAAAAUUCUAAUUUUAAAAAAAAAUACGUAGUAUUUUCUUGUUCUUUCUUGCCAAAAUAAAGUCGUUUUUAUUUUGCUUUCUUGUCCAUUAAAUUGCCGGUAUCUUCUGAAGGUAAAUAACUGUCUGCUUUUUUGAAGUCAUCUUAUGGUGUGAAGCCUAUUGUUUCCAUGACAAGACAUGUAAUUUAGGUUACGUCAGUGCAAGCCUGAACAUUAAAACGGUUUGAACUUAUUAUGGCCUCAGAAUUUUAAUGUUUUUAUAGUGAUGAUAAAAUUGGUGUUUCUUUAAGUAAAGCUAAUAAAUUGUGUCCUUUUAGUUACUUAGUUUCAAUUUCGAACGUAAAUGAAACUAUCUUUGGUAUGUUUAACAUAUUCGCACGUCUUCGUUAUUAGGUGGCAAAGAUUUGCAUGGAAGAGGUGAACGAAAAAUUUGAUUGCAUAAAAAAAAUUUCUCUCCAAAGAUAAACUUAUUUCUUGGUUGUUCAUUAUUAAAUUUCAGUAUUGCUUUUCAAGGGAAAGAAACUAAGAAGGAACAAAGUUGACAAUUGUGUAAGAGCUUUGCAGGCCUGAGCAUGCGAAUUGUAAAUCAUUGGUAUUUUCAAAUAAAAUACUUAAGAUUUAAAAUAAAGCCAUCCCCUACUCUCUCCAACCAACCUAUAUAUUCCUUACCCGUUUUGCAUCUUUUAAAUACUUCGUUAUCCCUGUCCAAAAAAAUUAAAAAAACUAAGCAUUAUUUAUAUUUAUGUACUUAUUUGGUCCAUAAGGUUUGUUUCUGUUAUCUUGUAAAUUGCCUGAUUUUUAAAAGUGAAAUCCUUUUGCAUUGCCUGCAAGGCCUCUGCGGAUACUAGUUUUUUGAUGCGAAACUAAUAUAAAAUCAGAUUUUUAACAUAUUUACGAAAAAAAUCCAAUUGCGAAUAUUGUUCUUGCAAAGCUGUAGUACACUUAGUUUCUAAAUUAUAAAAAUUAAUUUUAAAAAAAUAUUGUUUAGUGUUUGUAAUAUUUGAACUGAUUAAGUGAUUAAAUAAUUGGGGCGAAUGGAAAAUAGUGAAUAAAAAAAAGGUCAAUUUUGAUGAAUAAAACAAAUUUUUUCGGUGCAAAGUCUCUGUGAAAAUUUUUUAUAAAUUACAAUGGCUUUAAGUACAACUAUUACACCUUUAAUUUAAAUUUUGCUGCAGAUUAAAAUUCUCAAGAUUGUAUACAUUUAUAGACUAACAUAUAUUUACCUCUACUCUGUAACUUUCAUAGUUUACGAGUUUUAAGUGAUGUCGAAUCCUAAGCUGAAGUGAUGUUCAAGCCAAGAUUUAAAGACAUUCAUUUUCCUUUCGGAAGGGCUUCCAUUGAUUCGCUUGCCCGAAGUUUUUCACAGGCCUAUUUCUUGCUACUUUUUCUUUCCUUAAUUAUAAUUACCUUCAGUUGUAAUUGCUCCCUCAUAUUUUCUGCACCUCCAGCCUUUUAUUUUCCUAAUUUUUUUUUUCCAGAUUUGUUUUAGUGAAGUAACAAUUGUCAAAAGGUUAAUUCGAGGCAUUGCAUCCAACGAAACUAAAUUGCGAAAGUAAAUGAAAAAACCAUUAAAGUCAUCCCAGGCCUUAACAGGUGUUUCAUUGUGUACUGAUUUAUUUUUUUUUACGUUGAGUCAGCAAUACUUCAUGUUUGGUUUUUCCAAGUAGUACAUGUUGAUAUUGAAAAAUUGAAUUUAUAUCAGUGCCUUUAAGCAAAGAAAAAUUGAGUUCCACCUGUACUCGAUAAAAGCACUGUUUUGUGUGUGUGUGUGUGUAUUGUGUGUGUCCUUUAACUAUAUGUUACUGUCGGUAACAUGUUUAUAUUUUAAUACUAUGUAAGUUUUUGUAUCAGAAUAAUAUUGUACUAUUGCAAUUUUUUUUUGCGGCAGCUUUUACUCUGGUGAAACAUAUUUGAUUUAUUGUGAGGAAAGACAUGUAUGUAAUUUGUGAUGUUCUUCUUCUGUUUGAAAAUAAUUUUUUUUUACUUGACUAACUUCGAUGAAGAAGUUAUCUUUUUGUUCAAAGAUUUUUGUUUCCUUUAUGUGAGAAACUUGACUUAACUGUUGAUGACCACUGGGUCUUCCUUGAUUAUUCCCCUUGACCACUCAACUUAAUUUAUUUGCAUUGGCAUCACCUCAUUUGAUUUAGUUUUCGUUAUUGAUAAGUAAUUUGAUUGUUCCUUUAGAGUUCUCUUAUCUAAGGGCUGCUAGUAGAGUUAUUUUUAAGUUCAUUUAUCUGUAUUGGUUUCGUAUAGCCAUUGGUUUCUAAGUUUUUUAUUUUUAUUUUUUUUUCUUCAAAAUGUAACCAUGGUGAAAUUUUAUUUUUUUAACCAUGUGAACGGUGUUAACAUUCUCUUUAAUGUUUAGGCCCAAAUUUUCUGUGUUUACUUUUUCUAGCUGAUCAAAUGAUUUAAACUUUCUUGCUAAAAACAAUUUACGAGUUUUACGAUAGCAGGAAAGAGUACACAUACACUGGUAAACUGAAAAAUUAUUUUCAUUGGCAUUUAAUUUUAAAAAUUAAAUUAUAAUAUAUAUAUUAUUAAGCAGUGUAUCUCUUGUUCACUUGUGGGAUUGUUGCUGUUCAUUUUAUAAACUUAAAAAAAAAAAUUCUGUGAAUGCAUGGUGAAGUUUGUGUGUCUCUUUAAAAUGUUACAUUCAUUUUUUUUUAAUUUAUAAACUAAAAAUAGUGUUGUUUUUUUUAAUUUUCACAUGUAUGUUACAAUUCCAACCAAAAAAAUUAAUUGGCAUUCUAAUUUGAGAUCAGAAUAUCAAGUCUCUUUUGGUACUUCAUAGAAUGCUGUACUAUUAGCAAUUUGAGUUAUAUGAUAAACUGUAUCCUUACCACAUAUCUAGAAUGCUCAUUGGUCAUUGGACAUGUCAUGUGAACCCAUUUUGAGUGAAUAUAUUAUGUACUUGUGCUGUAAGUCGCUAUUCUAAGAAAUGUGUUUGAACUUGCGACGCAUCGUGUAAACAUGAUUUUGUACUGUACUUUGUAAAGAAACAAGUGCUUUUUAAAAAAAAAUCUUUGUACAUAAUCUGAAAA